AUGGGGCAGAAGCGCGCCGUGCUGGUGGGCAUCAACUACCCGGGCACGGACGGGGAGCUGAAGGGAUGCCUGAACGACGUGGCCCGCAUGCGCCGCUGCCUGGUGGACCGCUUCGGGUUCGACGAGGCCGGCAUCCGCGUCCUGGCCGACGCCGACCCGUCCACGCCGCCGCCUACGGGGGCCAACAUCCGGCUGGAGCUCGAGCGGCUCGUGGCGGGCGCGCGCCCCGGGGACGCGCUCUUCUUCCACUACAGCGGCCACGGACUGCAGCUCCCCGCCGAGACCGGGGAGGACGACGACACCGGGUACGACGAGUGCAUCGUGCCAUGCGACCUCAACCUGAUCAAAGACCAAGAUUUCACGGAGCUCGUGGCCAAGGUCCCUGACGGCUGCCGCUUCACCAUGGUCUCGGACUCGUGCCACAGCAGCGGCCUGAUCGACAAGACCAAGGAGCAGAUCGGCAACAGCACCAAGCAGAACAGGACCCAGCAGCGCCGAGAGCGCGAAAUGAAGCCUCCUCCCGGUUCCGGCUCCGGGACCGGACUCUGCGACUCCCUCGCGCGAAUCGUCCGUGGCGUGCUGGAGUCUCUGGGGGCCGGCAUCCACUGCAAUCGCCGUGGCCAGCACCAGGGCAGCAGCAGCAGCAGCGUCCAGGAGCCGGCGGACGACACGGAGGCGGCGAAGGGCGGCAGCAUCAGCAACCGGUCGCUGCCGCUGUCGACGUUCAUCCAGAUGCUCAAGGACAAGACCGGGAGGCACGACGUCGGCGUGGGCUCCAUCCGCACGACGCUGUUCCACCACUUCGGCGACGAGGCGAGCCCCAAGGUCAAGAGGUUCAUGAAGGUCAUGGUGGCCAAGCUCCGGCACGACGGCAAGGAGGAAGCGGAGCAGUCGUACGUUCCCACUCCCAGGGAGGCGGAGGCGGCGGAGGCCCUGGCGCAGGAGCAGGACACGCACAGCGUCGAGGAAGUGUACGCGGGGCCGGCGGCGGCGCCGCUGCGCAACGGCGUGCUGAUCAGCGGAUGCCAGACGGACGAGACCUCGGCGGACGCGACCACGGCCGACGGCAUGUCCUACGGCGCGCUGAGCAACGCGAUCCAGACCAUCCUCGCCGGCAACGGCAGCGGCAAGAAGCGCGGGGCGGCGGCGGUGACCAACCGAGAGCUGGUAGUCAGGGUGCGGGAGCUGCUGUCCAAGCAGGGGUACACGCAGCAGCCCGGGCUCUACUGCAGCGACGAGCACGCCAGGCUGCCCUUCAUCUGCUGA